AUGCAGUCGAGGUUACUCUCUGUGGCCUCUAGUCCAUCACCCCUGGAGAACACUGUUCAGCUUGGUUCUGCCGUCGUCAUUAUCCUUGAACACUCUUUCUACAUCAACGACAAGCGGCGCUAUCUUCAGGACCAGCCGAGCUCGGAUUCCUCUUUUCAUGUCGCUCUCGAGCAGUACAUGGCAUCUCCGCAUGCAGCUACCGUCAGGGAAGAUGUGAGCGCUGCCGUCCAGGUAUAUGAAAACCGCAUGAGGACUGCAGGAAUCUUGUCUGCUUGGAUGGCGAAGUUACCGCUUGAACGCUUCCAGAAGAACACAAAACAGGCCAGGGCAGGGUUAACCAAGACUAUUCUUGAUAUCACUUUAAAUCAUCGCCUGCCGAGACCUUAA